AUGUCAGGCGGCCGUGAUGCGACUCCCGAGGCCAGCGACUCGGAGAAGUGGGUUUUGGGGUCGAAGCAAGCGUUAAACCGCCGUGCGGGACAGCUGGACGCAGUGGCGACGGACGCGUAUGCGCAGGCACCCGACCAGGCCAGCAGCGCGACGAGCGAGACAUCGGCUUCGAGUCACCUGAAGCGCCCGACACGAGAGACCCUGGAGAAGUUGCGCCUACGCGUUCAGCAGCUUCGAGGUCGUCGCCAGUCGGCGGAGCAGACGCACAGCAGUGCUUCGCGCUCGCCGUGCUCACCGACGCGAAGCGCCGAGGGCCUGAUGACGCCGCCGCUACUGCGCUUGCACGUUGUGGCGGCCGUCGGCACAGGAGGCGAUGCCGCAGAUCACCUGAUACCGGCACCAGUCGACCCAGGGGCUACGUCGCCGCAAGCGCAGCGCACAGAGACACCUGCAGCCGUAGCGCCGCAUCCACGCACCUUGAGCGCGUUGCCGAGCGCGUCUUGGACUGCAACGUUCCGCGAGGUGUUCGGAUCCUCGCCUCUGACUCUGGUUCCACCAGCGUAUCGGGAAUAUGCGUUCGAGGCGCUGGAGACUGCGCUCGCCCGUGCCGACACCACGCACCUGCGGACACUCGCCGCGCGGCCGUCGUGUCCGAGUACUUGGCUGUCUUUCCUGCAGUCGCUGGAGCGGGCACUCCUGCCGAGCGGGAUGCCACCGCGUACCCCCACCACCGACGCCAGGGCGCGUGCAGUGUUGCGCCUCCUGCAGCGGCUCUAUGAACGGGCAACGCGGGCGGUGCCUGCGCGAGGCCACCGACGAAACAGCGACUAUGUCGAGCUCUGGCUGGGAGCCGUCCGCUUUCAAAUGGCACUCACAGAGCAGGAGGACGCCGAGGAGCUACGAGAUACUUUUCGCUACCUGAAAGCAGAGCGCAUUGGCGAGCAUGACCCGCGCAUCUGCGAGCUAUGGGCGCGUUUCGAGCGGCGAUUGGGAAACGAGCGCAAGGCGCGAAAGCUCGAAGAGGAGGCAGCUGCUCGGCGAGAGGCAGCUGAGCAGUUUAUGCGCGGCACGUGCUUCUGGCUGUGCGCGUCAUCGGACCCUGAAAACGCCGUGCCCGAAGUGGUGCGCAGCGCGCACCAUAGCAGCGGCCACAGCGCCGACGCGCCCGAUGCCGCCUCUCUGCUGACGAUCACGGCGGAUGUGUUACAGCCCGCUGCGCGGGUUGGCAAGGCACCAUCUGGUGCGGGGCUCGCCACCGCGCUCGACCCAGCCGCACUGACCGGGUUCAGCACCGCGACCGGCACUGGUGCCGGCAUUCCACCGCCAGAUGAGGACGCCCCAGCGACAGCCAUGUCUUGGCAUCGCUCCGUGGAGACUGCUCCAGAGCAGCGCGCCACGCUCUCACCACCGCACCAAGCGUCUCGCGAUGAGCAUCGCGCUCGCACUGCCCUCGACGCUGCAGGCGGUGCAGAGGCGGCGCUCUCAUCACCGCGCAUCGACCGGGAUCCGGCUGCCUCGACGACACCCCCGCCGUGGACGCGUCUCCGGCAGUCGCCACAGGCAAUCGAACUCGCAGUGGAUGCGGUGCCGGCCCGGCAAUCCUCGACGACCGAUCGCUGGCCGAUGCAGCGCGCUCAAGGCGACCCCGAAGCCAGUCAAGCGCCUCACAUUAUAUCUCGUAAUGUGCCUGCUGGUGUGCCUGAUGGUACCCAGGCGGCGCCGGAUGAGCGCCCGGCUGCCGCGGCAUCGAACCCGAUCGACAGCAAAUCGCGACGAUGCGCGGGAAACGAUGCAUCCGCAGGACACGUGUCCAUCAGAACAGGUGCGUGCGUGGCACCCGCAGCGCGAGAAGCGCACGCACCGACAGCGCAACAGCCCCGCGGGAUGCAGCGCUCCGUCGACGGCCCUGUUGCCGUGCAGGGAUCGGCAGUUGCUGAGGCUGCAGCGGCGCCCCGUCGACCGCUGCGACGCCUGGACGCUGGGAAGGAGAAUGUGGCUCCAUCUGACGGUGGUGACGGCACGAGCCUGCUGAGCCUACCGCCAAGCCUCGCCGACACUGUGGUGCACGUUGGUGGAUACCCGUACAUCAAGCUAGAAAUCGUCGGGCGUGGGGGAUCUUCCAAGGUGUUCAAGGUGAUGUGCGCGCGAACCCGGAAGAUUUUCGCGCUGAAACGCAUUCGCAUCCGCAAGGCCGAUCGCGAGACGCUCCGGAGCUACUGCAACGAGAUUGCGUUGCUGCAGCGCCUCCGCGGCCGCGACAAUAUCAUCCAGCUGAUCGCUUCGGAGGUGCGCGAGCACGCUGGUCUCAUUUACCUCGUCAUGGAAUGUGGCGAGAUUGACCUCGCGAGGCUGUUACUGCGCAACGCUGGACGACCCAUGCAUGCGAACUUUCUGCGUCUCUACUGGCAGCAGAUGCUGGAAGCGGUUCAUACCAUUCAUGAAGAGCGCAUCGUGCACUCCGACCUCAAGCCAGCCAACUUUCUUUUCGUUGAGGGUGUCCUGAAGCUCAUUGACUUUGGCAUCGCCAAGGCGAUUCAGAACGACACCACCAACAUUGUCCGCGAGAGUCAGGUGGGUACCCUGAACUACAUGUCCCCUGAGGCAAUUCUGGAUACCAACGAGGCAGCUUCCGCUGGCGCCAGCGGCGAGACGGCGGCGGCUCCCUCGCGGCGCCGCUACAAGCUGGGACGCCCCAGUGACAUCUGGUCACUCGGCUGCAUCCUGUACCAAAUGGUGUACGGUCGCACGCCAUUCUCACACCUGAACGUGAUUCAAAAGCUCCGCUGCAUCACGGACCCGACGUACGACAUUGCGUACCCGCCUGUGGCUGGGAUCCAGGGCAUAGGCUCGGAGGCAUCGGCCGCAGCGCUCAUGGAUACGCUACGACGUUGCCUGCAGCGGGAUCCCGUUCGAAGGGCCAGCAUCCCCGAGUUGCUCGCGCACCCGUUUCUGAAUCCGGAUGUACCGUUUGUGGAUGCUGCGAGUGCUCCGAGCAACCAGCCAGGCAUUCGAGAACAGUGA